GAGAUGCAGGAAAUUUUACCUGGGUUAUUUUUAGGCCCAUAUUCUUCAGCUAUGAAAAGCAAGCUACCUAUACUUCAGAAACAUGGAAUAACCCAUGUAAUAUGCAUACGGCAAAAUAUUGAAGCAAAUUUUAUUAAACCAAACUUCCAACAAUUAUUUAGGUAUUUAGUCUUGGAUAUUGCAGAUAAUCCAGUUGAAAAUAUAAUACGAUUUUUCCCUAUGACGAAAGAAUUUAUUGAUGGAAGUUUACAAACUGGAGGAAAAGUUCUUGUCCAUGGAAAUGCAGGGAUUUCUAGAAGUGCUGCCUUAGUUAUUGCAUACAUUAUGGAAACAUUUGGGGUGAAGUACAGGGAUGCAUUUACUUAUGUUCAAGAAAGAAGAUUCUGUAUUAAUCCUAAUGCUGGAUUUGUCCAUCAACUUCAGGAAUAUGAAGCCAUCUAUCUAGCAAAAUUAACUAUCCAGAUGAUGUCACCACUGCAGCUGGAGAAAUCACUCUCUGUUCCACCUGGUACUACAGGAAGUUUGAAGCGAACACAUGAGGAUGAGGACGAAUUUGGAAAUAUGCAAGUGGCAGCAGCACAGAAUGGGUGACGUAGGGCACCACUAUUCAUAGAGAUUGUGAAUUCCUGCACGUGGAAGUGAAGAAAACUAGAAAAGAUAAAUUAACACAAAACAAUGAACACACCCAGAGCUUCUUUUCAAAUACAUGUUGCUUCCAGGUGUAAAUCUGCCUCUGCAACACACUAAGCAACAUUUUAAUAUGUUGGACUUCUUGAAUGAAUAGAUGGCACUGAUUGUUUUACUCCUUUUUUACACUUUACAGUUUUAUUCUAUACCAAGAUUUUUGGACUUGCAAAGAGGUAUUAUUGCAAUAAUGCACUUUUCAUACUUGAAAUUUCUUUAUUUGUAUGAUAUAAAGUUAUUACUUUAAACAAAAUGCAAGCUGGGGGGAUUUGUUUAUAAAGUUAUUUGUGUAAUUUAUAACAAGAGACUUUAGUAAAGAAAAGUUUGCUAAAAUUCACUGUGUUCUAAGUAUAUAUUGCAACUUAGUUACUCCACUUUUAGAAACA